AUGGCCGACCAAAGCGUCGCUCAGGGCGGUGCUAGGGGCGCUUCUCAGGGCGCUUCUCAGGGCGCCGCUGCUCGGGGAACUGCUCAGGGUGCUUCCCAGGGCUUUACUCAGAGUGCUUCUCAGGCUGCCUCUCAGGGUGCUGCUCAGGGUGCUGCUCAGGGUGAUGUUGAGCGCCAAGCACCGCCCCGAAUCUCUGGCCAAUCUUCAAGACGUAUAUCUCGUGUUUCCUAUAAGGAAGACUGGGCCAAUCUUGACGAAUAUGGUAGGCUCGUGAAGUAUGUCUCGACCUAUCGCGAGCCUGGGAAGGAAGAGGCUGAAGAGGAGGAGCAACUGAAGCGCGUCUGGUAUGCUCCUUGGAAGAAGCGCAAGGUCCGCGUCAAGCACUUGGAACAAGAACCAGGAGUAUUUCCAGAGGACUGGCGCCUUACCGAUAUUCGCCAGGGCUUGCCCAGCUCGGAGGUCCCCAUCAGACGUCGCCGUUCCGGCUGGAAUGAGCUGGUCUCCGAGAAGGAGAACCCCAUCGCCAAGGUCCUGUCUUAUUUCCGAGGUCCAAUUCUUUAUGUCAUGGAACUCGCGGUCCUUCUUGCAGCAGGCUUGGACGAUUGGAUUGAUUUCGGUGUCAUCAUUGGUAUCCUGUGCCUCAACGCCGCGGUUGGUUGGUACCAAGAAAAGCAAGCUGCGGAUGUCGUUGCAAGUCUGAAAGGCGAUAUCGCCAUGAGAGCAACGGUCGUUCGUGACGGACACGAACAAGAGAUCUUAGCCCGAGAGCUUGUCCCCGGCGAUGUCAUUGUCAUUGGUGAAGGUCAGGUUGUUCCUGCUGACUCCAAGAUCAUCUGUGACUACGACGACCCCAAUGGAUGGGAGGCGUUCAAAACAAUGCAGGAGCAAGGGGAUCUCAGCAGCACCUCCGAAUCUGAUCUUGAGGAUAAUGACAAGGGCGACACUACGAAGGGGGUGGGCGACAAGGAAAAGGAAACUCCGGAAGGGGACCAGGGGCAAGAGCAAGCUGCACGGAAACGCAGUCAUCCCAUUCUCGCCUGCGACCAUUCGGCCAUUACCGGAGAGUCUCUUGCCGUCGAUCGCUACAUGGGCCAAAUGAUCUAUUAUACAACUGGCUGCAAACGUGGCAAGGCCUAUGCAGUGGUCCAGACUGGAGCGAGGACAUCUUUCGUUGGUAAAACGGCAUCUAUGGUAUUGGCAGCUAAGGGUGCGGGUCAUUUCGAAAUCGUUAUGGAUAACAUCGGUACAUCUCUGCUGGUCAUUGUCAUGGCCUGGAUCUUAGCUGCUUGGAUUGGUGGCUUUUUCCGCCAUAUCCCCAUUGCCUCGCCUCCGCAACAGACACUUCUGCAUUACACCCUUUCCCUGCUGAUUAUUGGUGUCCCUGUUGGUCUUCCGGUCGUCACCACCACUACUAUGGCCGUUGGAGCAGCUUAUCUCGCAAAGAAGAAGGCUAUUGUGCAGAAACUCACUGCCAUUGAGUCUCUUGCGGGUGUUGACAUCUUGUGCUCAGACAAGACGGGAACACUGACGGCGAACAAAUUGAGUAUUCGGGAGCCCUUUGUGGCUGAGGGUGUUGACAUCGACUGGAUGUUCGCUGUGGCUGCCCUGGCAUCGUCUCAUAAUACUCAAUCACUCGAUCCCAUCGACAAGGUUACCAUUCUUACUCUCAGGCAAUACCCCAAAGCGCGCGAAAUUCUUCGACGGGGCUGGAAGACUGAAAAAUAUAUUCCUUUCGAUCCAGUCUCCAAGCGAAUUGUGACAGUAGCCACAUGCGAUGGAAUCAGAUACACUUGCACUAAGGGUGCACCCAAAGCCGUGCUUUCCCUGACUAAUUGCUCCAAGGAGAUGGCCAAUCUCUACAAGCAAAAAGCACAGGAAUUUGCUCAUAGAGGGUUCCGAUCCUUGGGUGUCGCAGUCAAAAAGGAGGGAGAAGAAUGGACGCUACUUGGUAUGCUGCCCAUGUUUGAUCCACCCAGAGAAGAUACUGCGCAAACGAUCCAUGAAGCCCAGAACCUCGGCAUCAGUGUGAAGAUGCUUACGGGUGACGCUUUGGCAAUUGCCAAGGAGACAUGCAAAAUGCUAGCACUGGGAACCAAAGUGUAUAAUUCUGAUAAGCUCAUCCAUGGCGGCCUGAGCGGAGCCAUGGCAAGCGAUCUGGUCGAGAAAGCUGAUGGCUUUGCGGAGGUGUUCCCAGAGCACAAGUAUCAGGUGGUGCAAAUGCUUCAAGAACGCGGACACUUGACGGCUAUGACAGGCGAUGGUGUUAAUGAUGCACCAUCUCUGAAGAAAGCUGAUUGUGGUAUUGCUGUAGAAGGCGCUACUGAGGCUGCGCAAUCUGCAUCUGAUAUUGUCUUCUUGGAGCCUGGAUUGUCCACCAUCAUUGAUUCGAUCAAGGUGGCUCGACAGAUUUUCCACCGGAUGAAGUCCUAUAUCCAGUAUCGUAUCGCCCUUUGUUUGCACUUAGAAAUCUACCUGGUGACAUCCAUGAUCAUCUUGAAUGAGAGCAUCCGUGUUGAAUUGAUUGUUUUCCUGGCUCUGUUCGCCGACUUGGCAACUGUCGCAGUGGCCUAUGAUAACGCCUCGUUUGAGCUGCGGCCGGUGGAAUGGCAACUUCCAAAAAUAUGGUUCAUCUCUGUCCUUCUGGGCCUGCUGUUGGCGAUGGGUACUUGGGUCGUGCGUGGCUCCAUGUUCCUCCCGUCGGGCGGUAUCAUCCAGAAUUGGGGUUCCAUCCAAGAGGUUCUGUUCUUGGAAGUCGCACUCACCGAGAACUGGCUGAUAUUUGUUACACGUGGUGUCGAUACCUGGCCUUCGAUUCAUCUCGUCACUGCUAUUCUGGGUGUGGACAUUCUGGCAACCAUCUUCUGUUUGUUUGGUUGGUUUACCAACGAGACCAUGCCAACGAACCCGGCCACCUCGUUCGUCGAGACUCGCAACGGAUGGACGGACAUCGUCACGGUCGUCCGCGUGUGGGGCUAUUCGCUCGGCGUGGAGAUCGUCAUCGCACUUGUGUACUUCGUGCUCAACAAGCUCAAGUGGCUUGAUAAUCUCGGCCGCGCGAAGCGCGACAAGGGCGAUAUCAAGAUCGAGAACCUGCUCGGCCACCUGGCCCGGUUGACCGUCGAGUACGACCAGCCCGGCCAGCCCAAGGGCCGCUUCUUCCUGGCGGCCAGCAAGGAGGAAGAAGAGGCCGAGUAG